AUGGUUGGCAACACUUCUUUUACCCAUCGGCUCCAGUACAUAUCUGCCAGUCUUUGGGAUAUUCGCCACUGUCGUCUCAAGAAAAAAUCGGUGUCAUCAAAUGAUCCCAUCAGCGGAUGGUGUGUGCACGGCCCUAUAAAUCAAGACUCGUCAAAGAAGCGCACUGCAAGCGACAUCCUAUUCGUGUCUCACUCUCCCUCGCGUGCGCAUCAUUAUCGCUCGCUCCCUCUUGGCAAGUCAGGCGCAUCACCUAUUGUUGAUGAAGCUGGCCGCCUUACCUACGAUAACCGCGGCCUGCCCGGCGCGCGCGCCGCCCCUGUAAGUACAUGUGCGUCAUCCGUGUUGUCGCCGGCCGAGCAAACCUGUUGUGAUGAAUCGUCAGUUUUAUUUAUUGAUGCGAGCGAGCCCACUGAUAAUUACAACGCAGAUGUGUUAUUGCACGAAACAGUGAGAAAUUAUUUUAACUUAGAAAGUGUCGGCGUAACUUCAAAAAAGAGGGAAAAUAAAGAAGAACAACAGGCAAUUUCUAUUUUAAAUGACACGGCAAAGUUAAAAAAUGGCAGAUGGGAAGUGGGACUUCCUUGGAAAAAUAAAGAAAAAUUUGUGGAAUCUUACUCAACUGCGGAAAGAAGGUUAAAAUCCGUGGAGAAGCGAUUACGAAGCAACGAAGAAUACGCUUCGAGAUAUCGCGAGCGAAUAAGACACUUAUUUGAAAAUGAUUACGCAAGAGAAUUAAAACCGGAAGAAAGUGGGAAUAGAAUUUGGGUAAUUCCCCACUUCGGAGUGGAUAAUCCCAGGAAGAAGAAAUUGAGACUAGUCUUUGACUGUGCUAGUAUUUCUCAUGGAAAAUGCCUAAAUGAUUAUUUGCUUCAAGGCCCUGAUUUAUUGAACUCACUUUAUGGGAUUAUGUUACGAUUCAGAGAAAACCCCAUAGGAAUAACGGGUGACAUUCGCGACAUGUUUCUGAGAAUCAAAAUAAGAGAAGAAGAUCAACACGCCUUAAGAUUUUUAUGGCGCGACAGUCAAGAUCAACCAAUAAAACAAUAUAUUAUGACGUCACUUUUAUUUGGAGGAAAUUGCAGCCCAUUUAUUGCACAAUUUAUAAGAGAUAAGAAUGCUCAACAAUUCUCCGAAACAAAGCCUAACGCCGUCCGAGCUAUUAUGCAUAGUCAUUACGUAGACGAUUUCAUUGACUCGCUGCCCACAGAAAGCGAAGCGAUAAAUAUUAUUGACGAUGUUUCUACGGUGCAUAAAUUCGGAGGAUUUGAGAUACGUGGAUGGACAAGUAACAACAAAAAUGUUUUGUCACACUUACCUAAAGAUCAAUUAAGUACUAACGGAGGAAGUUUGUUGGUGGAUGGCGAAAAUAAAACUCAGCGAACCUUGGGAUUAUUAUGGGAUCCAGCCCAUGAUACUUUGGCAGUCGAUGUGUCUUUUAAAAAUAUACCCGAAGACAUCCUGAAAUUCAAGAAAACGCCGACUAAGCGAGAAAUUUUACGCAUCACCAUGUCAAUUUAUGAUAUAUUUGGUAUAUUGGCACCUGUAACAAUAAAAGGAAAAAUAUUACUAAAGUCUAUCUGGAAGACCGCCCUAUCGUGGGACGAUAAAAUAUCUGAGGAACUAUUUAUUGAAUUUAAACACUGGAUCACCGACCUAAAGGGUGUUGUGCACCUCAACAUACCAAGAUGGUAUUUUACUACGUCUGCGAAUUUUAUAACGAGUGCGAAAGAGACAACUAGCAUUCUGGAACUUCAUUUGUUUUGUGAUGCAGCGCCGACCGCCUUCGCAGCUGUUGCAUACUGGAGGCUUGUGAAUGCGAACGGAGAUGUGUGCGUGUCCUUUAUCGCAUGCAAAAAUAAAAUUUCAUCAAUGAAAAGAUUAUCUAUACCGCGUUCGGAAUUAGAAAGCGCAUUGAUAGCGGCGCGUUUAGCUAAAACUAUAAAGGACGAGCAUCGUAUAAAGUGCGACCGCAUGUACUUCUGGACUGACUCAUCUUGUGUUCUGCACUGGAUUAGAAAUCACAAUCGCAAUUAUAAAGAAUAUAUCGCUAACAGACUUGGAGAAAUCGACGAACUUACCAGCUCCUUGGAAUGGCGAUACGUUCCUUCCCAUUUGAAUAUCGCUGACAUAGCUACAAAGAAAACACAGUACAUGUUACGCGCUGAUUGCGAGUGGUUUAGAGGACCUGCAUUUUUAUAUCAGAAGGAAGAUCAAUGGCCGAAAGACAUUUUAACUCCGGAAAUAAAUAAAUUAGAUGACCUUGAAAUUGCAUUGAUGGUGCAACCGGAAGCUAUAACCAUUGACAUACCUGAACCUGAGAGAUUUUCUUCAUGGAUACGGCUCGUACGCGCUACCGCUGCUGUUCUGAAAUUUAUAAACAAAAUAAAAAUAUUAGAAACCUGUGAAGCUACUAUAAUAGGACGCGCAGAAUGCUUAAUAUUGAGGUACUCGCAGUUACAGUCGUUCGGUGCGGAAAUGGCCUUACUCGCUAAGGAAAAAACAUUAAAUAAAAAUAGCUUACCUGUAAUACUUACCUUGGCUCCUUACCUGGACCAAGAUGGAUUGAUGAGAGUCGGAGGCCGAAUCGACGCAGCGGCUGAUAUAUCUCCUGAAAUGAAAAGACCUAUAAUUUUGGAUGGGAGAAACUAUGUGACCAGAUUAAUAGUGCAGUUCUAUCAUGAAAAUGCUGCUCAUGGCUACCAGGAGAUGGUCGUCAACGAACUCAAACAAAAAUAUUGGAUCAUUCGUAUUAGACCGACAGUGAAAUACGUAGCCGCCAGAUGUAUGACUUGUAGAAUCCAAAAGGCUCAACCGGAAGUUCCCCGCAUGGGCGAGCUACCUGAGGCCAGAAUGGCCCAUCAUCAGCGGCCAUUCUCUAACACCGGUCUAGAUUUAUUUGGUCCGAUGGAAAUUACCGUUGGCCGACGGCGAGAGAAGCGCUACGCAGUAUUGUUUACGUGUUUGACGAUAAGAGCAGUACAUAUAGAAUUAGUACAUUCACUCAGCACGGAUUCAUUAAUUUUGGCCUUACGAAGGAUGGCGGCAAGACGAGGUUGGCCAAAACAACUUUUUUCUGAUAAUGGAACCAAUUUGAGAGGAGCUAAUACAGAAAUCAAGUUAGCCGCUGAAGAAUUGGACAAGUCACUACUUACAACCUACGCAGCAAAUCGUGGAGUUACGUGGAACUUCAUUCCUCCUGCGAGCCCCCAUAUGGCAGGCGCCUGGGAACGAAUUAUACGCUCGAUUAAAACGACCUUGAAGGUGACCUUGAAAGAGAGGGCUCCACGUGAAGAGGUAUUGCUUACGCUUUUAGCAGAGGCGGAGAACAUGUCAAACAGCAGACCCUUAACUCAUGUCUCAGUGGAACCAGACUACCCUGAAGGAUUGACCCCUCAUCAUUUUUUACUUGGGACCUCAUCAAACUUACCGCUGAUGGGAUCAUUUGAUGACACCGAUUUUUUCUUGAGACGACAGUGGCGAAUAUCCCAAAGACUGGCAGAUAUGUACUGGAGCCGAUGGGUAAAAGAAGUGUUGCCAACCAUGCUACCCCGUCAAAAAUGGCAUGAAGAGUGCCGCGUAUUACAAGUGGGAGAUCUAGUGCUAAUUGCUGACCCAAGCGCCCCCCGAAACCACUGGGCACGCGGCCUGGUACAAGAGGUGUGUCCCGGCAAAGACGGACGGGUGAGAACAGUCCAUGUAAAAACAAAAUCCCGAGUGUUAGUGAGACCAGCAGCUCGCAUUGUACGCCUACCAGUGUGA